AUGAAUUUUUCUAGUCCGGGCCAGAAUGGUUCUUUGGAGUCCAACCGGGACUCGUACACUUCAGCUGUGACCAAGAAUGUGAUCGUCGUUACUUUGGGCUUGACCAUAAACUACAUCAACGGGAUGCUCAUUCACACCUUCAGGAAGAACCAGAUGUUCUAUACCACACCUCGCUACAUUCUCUUCAUCCAUCUUGUGGUCAAUGAUAUGAUCCAGCUCACUUCAGCCAUCAUUUUAUAUAUCAGUAGUUAUGUUUUCUACAAAAUCAAUGCGUCUAUUUGCUGUAUAUUCCUUUGUUUUGCCUUAUAUACCACUUUGAACUCCCCAAUCAACUUAGCAGUCAUGGCAGUGGAGUGCUACAUUGCCAUAUGCUAUCCAUUACGACAUGCUGAAUUUUGCACUGUUAAGACAACGUACAUAUUGAUUGCAUGCAUUUGGGUAAUGAGUUCAAUUGGCAUUUUGCCUGACCUUUUUUUACUCAUUGCCACAGAGCCAGUAGAGUACUUUUUGACAAAAUUGUUUUGUGAGAGAGAGAAUUUUUUCCGACAUCCAGCCAGUAGUAAAAAACGUGAAGUGUUGUACACACUCUAUCUUGUUGUAAUCUGGAUUGCACUCCUUUACACUUACCUCCAAAUAUUUAUCGCAGCUAAAGCUGCAAAUGCCUUGAAUGGAGAUCCAAAGAAGGCAAAAAACACUAUCUUGCUUCAUGCUUUUCAAUUGCUCCUUUGUAUUCUGACCUAUGUUUUCCACUUCGUAGUGAGUUUACUUGUUUCCCUUUUCCCCAGAAAUUCCAUACAUGUCAUAUUUGCAAGUUACAUCUUUAUUCAAAUCUUGCCCAGGCUUGUAAGCCCCAUUGUAUACGGCCUAAGAGACCAAAUGUUCAGACAAAGUUUGAAAAAGCAUCUUCUUUGUGCUAUUCGGUCCAAGCCAUAA